CGGAAGCGGAAGUGCAGGCGAGGUCAGGCGAGUUCCCAGGAUGGCGUCCUUCAGGGCUCUGGUGUCAGGCUGCGGGCGCCAGCUGCAAGGGUUCCUGUCAGGCCCCGCCGCGACCGGAUGGUCGUGGCUUCCAGCCCGCGGCUUGAGAGAAGUGGUGGAGAUCCAAGAAGGGAAGACAACUGUGAUUGAAGGCCGAAUCACAGAAACUCCCCAGGCAACUCCAAACCCCCCUAACCCCUCAGGCCAGUGCCCCAUCUGCCGUUGGAACCUGAAGCACAAAUAUAACUAUGAGGAUGUGUUGCUGCUCAGGCAAUUCAUCCGACCUCAUGGAGGCAUGCUGCCCCGGACUGUCACAGGCUUGUGCCUGGAGGAGCACCGAAAGGUCGAGGAGUGUGUGAAGAUGGCGCACCGAGCAGGUCUAUUCCCAGACCACAGGCCACGGCUUCCAGAAGGGUCAUCACCAAAGAAGAAACCCACGCUCAACCGCUACCUGACUCGCUGGGCUCCCAGCUCUGUCAAGCCCAUCUACAAAAAAGGGCCCCGUUGGAAUAAGGUGGGUAUGGCCGUGGGGUCACCACUCCUGAAGGACAAUGUCAACUACUCAAGGAGGCCUUUGAAGCUCCUUCAUUAGUGGAAGCCCUGCAGCUGAAGAUCCUGACUGGAACCUUCCACGUGAUGCACUGGCCCCUCCCACCAGAAACCCUGCCCUCCACACACUGCAUGGGGACUCUGGGACUAUUUCUGUUCCCUGGAUCAGCCCAGCCAGCAUUGGGAGGCAGGGCAGGCAGGAGCUGGGUCUCCCGGCCUGUGGUCUUCUGUCUGGGGCUGAGAUGGGGGCAAGGACAGGAGUCUUACGCAUAGAAUGGAUGAAGCAGC